CUCGCCCAGAACAUCUCAGUGGAGACCACCAUCAAUCAGGGUGCCCUACAGGUUGCUGCCACCGAGUCAGCCCCCAUCCCAUACGACGCCAGGUCACAAUAGCCUCAUGAACAUCUUGUUCUCUCCCAUUUCCGGGCACACCUCAGCCACUCGCUCCUGGUUGACUCGGAAGCACAUCCGGAAACUGCACAUGGCGGCCAAUGUCAUCAAGCACGCGUGGCGCAGGUGGAGAAUCAGAAUGGCCUCACUUGUUUCUGAAGAACUGGAUGGUGUGGAGGGAAAACGCCCGUUUGAAGAUCCCAUUUCCCCAAGAUCCACCCCAUUGCCCCCAGCCCAGACCAAGCUCCAGGGGGCAGUGAUCCGCCUCUGGCUACUGGGCCUGGUCCUAGCCAACUCGGCCACCAGUGUGCGUGGCUUUCAGAGGAAGCUGGUGGUCUGGGCCUGCCUCCAGCUGCCCUCUGGAGUGUCCAGCAGCUCCCCUAUCCAGACGGCACAGCACCACCAGGCUGGGGUCACGUCCAUACGAGCGCUGCCUCAGGGUUCCAUCAAGUUCCACUGCAGAAAGUCUCCGCUGCGCCACGCGGACACCUGCCCCGAGCCUCUGCCCUACGAUGUUGCCGCUGGCUUUAAUCAGAUUCUGCUGGAGAGGCCCCGCCUGGUCCAGGUGUGAGAGCCUCCUGCCCUCUGCCCACCCCUGGUGGGGUUUUCCUUGGUGCCUUUGUUUCUCCGAGGCCUUUUCCUGCCAGCUGCCUUGCCAAAGACACUUAAUCAGCACACAGCUGCCAAACUAUUCCCGCGGCGAUGACAGCACAGGAGCGUGCUGGCUGCGGUUCAGCCAGGUUGCAGCCGCGUGAGGAGUGGGAGCUGCUGAGCCAGGGACAGAAGACCAUCAUGAUGUCCACAGGCCCAUCCUGGGGUACUGUCCGUGUCCCCAGCACAGCACCCCGAUUCCCUCCCUGAGAGCACUUUUGGAAUUCUGGUUUGGGGAAAUUUCACAUUUUGUUCCUGAAAAUGGAAUGAACUGUGUUUAACAAAUUAUCGAUUUAUUUAAUAUAAUUGCAAAUAAUUAGAAUACCAUAAACCAAGGAUGAACAUCAUCAUUCAUGAUAUGGAUCAUAACAACCAAAAAUAAAUCAAACAUUUUGGAACCAC